AUGCAGAGCCUGCUCCUGACAGUCACACUGUGUGUCCUGGUUGCUGUCUUACAGGCCCAAGAUGACCUGCCCUUCCUCUCAGAAGAAGAGAAACUCUCAGGUGCGUGGUUCGUAAAGGCUACAGGGAGUGAAAGGAACCGGACAGCGCUGAGGAGACCUCUGGUAGUGUUCCCUCUUAGAGUAUCAUGCCCUCAAACAGGAACUUUGGAAGUCGAGACCACUAUCACAUCUGAGGGUGAAUGCCUAAAGUCAAGAUUCCGUAUGCAGAGAACAGAGGAGCCUGGUCAAUACAGUGCCUGUCAGAUGCUCUUCUUCAUCUGUGAGCUGCCAGCGAAGGACCACUACAUCGUAUGCCUUGAACACCUUUUGUUUGGGAAAAAGUUCCAAAUAGUAGACCUCAUUGGAAAGCAUCCAAAAGGAAACCUAGAGGUCCUGGAGGAAUUUAAGGAAUUCAUACAGCGCAAAGGACUUCUCCAAGAAAACGUUAUUUUGCCUGAGCAGAGGGCAUAUGGCAAUGACCACAGUGGACUGCUCUUCUCCAUGGACCACACUCCACUGAGCUGCAUUUCCCCCACCUGA